GAAGGGGCGCAGGCAGAGAGAGGGAGCGGGUGCUAGUGAGAGAGGGAGGGAGAGAGUGAGUGAGUGAGGAGGCUUUAGUAAUGCAGAUGGGAGUAAAAUGGCAGAGCUACAAAUGCUGUUAGAGGAAGAAAUUCCGGCUGGAAAGAGAGCUUUACUCGAGAGCUACCAGAAUCUGUCCAGAGUCGCGGAAUACUGCGAGAAUAAUUAUGUGCAGGCUCAGGAUAAAAAGAAGGCCUUGGAGGAGACCAAAGCGUACACCACCCAGUCGCUGGCCAGCGUGGCGUAUCAGAUCAACGCUCUGGCCAACAACGUGCUGCAGCUGCUGGACAUCCAGGCGUCUCAACUGCGCCGCAUGGAGUCAUCCGUCAAUCACAUCUCCCAGACCGUGGACAUCCACAAAGAAAAGGUGGCGCGGCGUGAGAUCGGGAUUUUGACCACCAACAAAAACACGUCACGGACGCACAAAAUCAUCGCGCCGGGAAACAUGGAGCGGCCGGUGCGCUACAUCAGGAAGCCGAUCGACUACACGCUGCUGGACGACGUGGGGCACGGCGUCAAGUGGCUAAAAGCGAAGCAAGGGAACAGUCAGCCAACCAGGUCUGGGGGCGGGACUUUAUCAAGGACCAAUCCACCGACGCAGAAGCCACCAAGCCCACCUAUGGCGGGGCGGGGUACCCUAGGGAGAAACACACCCUAUAAGACUUUAGAGCCAGUGAAACCUCCCGUGGUGCCAAAUGACUACAUGACGAGUCCGGCGAGGCUCAGUGGUCAGAGCAGCCCAGGACGCACGGCAUCAGUCAAUCAGAGACCCCGAACACACAGUGGAAGCAGCGGUGGUAGUGGUGGACGGGAGAACAGCGGGAACAGCGUGGGAAUUCCUCUGGCUGUUCCAACACCCUCUCCUCCUAGCAUGGCACCAGUGGUACCUCCAGGUCCAGGUCUGGGUCCUGUUCCAAUGUCUCAGUUCGGCACUAUUUCUCGUCAGAUCUCGAGGCACAGUUCCUCCAGUGCCUCGUCCUCUGCCUCCAUGGUGUCAGCGACUGGUACGUACCGCCGCGCCCCGUCCAGCUCGUCCCAGUUCUCCGUGCCCCAAUCGCACCUUAACGGCGGUCCCACGUACCCCCAAAACCCUGCCCCGGUCUCUGUCGCCCCGCCGCCUCCUCCUGUGGCACAGCUCACACCCCAAAUUCCUCUCACUGGAUUUGUGGCCCGAGUUCAGGAGAACAUUUCAGAUAGCCCCUCCCCUCCUCCACCACCGCUCCCUGAAGACACACCUAUGUUUGAGGAAGCGGCGCCGCCCCCUCCCCCACCCCCUGUAGACUACGAGGAAGAGGACGCUGCACUAGUGCACUACAACGACCCCUACGCAGACGGAGACCCUCACUGGGCACCGAAGUCCUACAUAGAAAAGGUGGUGGCCAUCUACGACUACACCAAGGACAAGGAUGACGAGCUGUCCUUCAUGGAAGGCGCCAUUAUCUACAUCAUCAAGAAAAAUGACGACGGCUGGUUCGAGGGCGUGUGCAACGGCGUCACCGGACUGUUUCCCGGCAACUAUGUGGAGUCCAUCAUGCAUUACGCUGACUAACGCUACCUUCCGAAUGUUUUCAUCUGACCUAUUUAAGUAUUUAUGAUGUGCAGUGUACUGAGGAAGUGUUCGGUUCUUCUUCAUUCUGGUUUUUGGACAUGUUUUGUACAUACAGUAUUGUAUGAAACCUGUCGGUUGUGACUAGUGCGUGUUAUUGUGCGUGUUUCGUCAGCGUAAAAAAAAAAACUUGGUAGUUUUCUUUUAACGUACUGCCGAACUCUUCCUGAAUUGUCAGGGAAGACGUGGUUGAAUGUCGUGAAUUACAGUAUAAUCUGGCUGAUACACCAGGUCAUAUUUUAUUCCAUUUUGCCUGCAGUGUUAGCCUACAUUGCAUUUUUAAUUCCAUGUAUGUUGCUGUUAUGAGGCUGUUGCCUUAACAUUUCAUAGCUAUAUCAUUCUUUUUUGCUAUGUUCAAACCGCUUUCCAACAGCUUGCCAACAAGCGAAUUAUUUCAUCUGUACUAUAUUUGCCCGCUAAGUUAAUUCCUUUACUGCACUAGCUAGUUAGCAAGGUAUAUAUCGUAGGAAACUUACUAGCUAGUUAGGGCUAAGCAGCUCUGUUCUAGCUGUGGGCGGAGAUAAUAUCAAGGGCAGAAAUUUGCCAAUUUAAGUCCAAUCUUGCAAGCCAGAUUUUUACACUGCUAUGUUUUGUUACAAAAAGUUACCAACCAACCACAUUAACUCAAUAACUCUUAAAGACUAACAUUUUUUAAUCCAGGACUAUAUGACAUGAUGUUACAUGGCAAAUGAGUGGUGCAACGUGUCCUUAAAAUGAUAUUACAGGCGUAGAAAUACAUUUAAAAUCUGAAUCUUUACUACAGUUGUGCUUACUAGCCAGCUGGCUAAAUAGGUAACAUUUCGCUAUUUACUAUUACCAUCAGGUGCUUCAUGGUUUGUAGGUAGCUUUAUUUUAAUGUAACACCAUUGCUAGCAGCUAGCAACUCGGUUGCCUAGAUUUAUGUUGCACUUAGCCUGGCUACACCACUAAAAUGUUCCUGUUCAAUUACCAUAUGCCUAAUUCAAUCAGACAGCAGUCAAACAGUGGCACUGUUCAUUUAGGAGAAUUUUUUUUAUUUAA